GAUGGAGAAAUUAAUACUAAAUAAGGGUUAUUAUCAGAUGCCUAAGGCAAUUUAAGUGCUGCUCAAAAACAAUCUUGAUAAUGUUAAUACUGAAUUGGCAGCCAGGUAUUCAGAUUAAAAUUAUUAAGAAAAUAACAAAACAAAGAAUUGAAUGAUGGAUGGAAUAAUGAAUUAAUGUUAUUGUCUUAAGCAGAAUCUGCCUUGGGAAAGGCGGAAUAAGAAGAUGAUCAAAAACAACAAUAUAUUGAUCGCACACAAAUUAUAUUAUAAUAUUUAUUAAUUUUAUUUGUGAUGAGAGGCUUCUUUGCCAUUACAAGGGCUUUUAUUGCCCCUGUUGCUAAAUAGACUUUUCAUUUCUCCUCUUAAUAGUCGAAAAUUCAAACAAGAAUGUAUGAUACAAUAUCACUAUCACAAGAGUCAUAAACUAAAUAAACUAGCUGAUUAGACUAUCCUCUACCAUGUCUGGUUUAAGGAUUGCGAAUUAAUAUAAUUUAUCAUUGUUUUCCUUAUUAGAAGAUGCUUAAGGUAAUAUCUAAGAAUUAAUAUUAUUAGGUAAAUUAAUAUUUAUGAAUUAGAAGAUGACUUGACUGACUUAGAGAACAAACAAAUGGGUUUACAAUUAAAAUGUACGGUUUCCAUCUGA